AACUUGUUUUUCUAAGUCCUCCUUGCAUGAUAUUGCACUAAAGACACGCCGACCAAGAUACCGUGAUGGUGAAACUACCGUUCGGGGUAAAAGUGAAGGCAGAGCCGGAGGAAAAGCAAGCAUGUUGCGGAGGAGGGGGUGAUUCCGUCCCCGGGGGCAAGACUGAAGCAGGCGCCAACUCGCUGCUGUCGUCCCUGCUAGACGGGAAGAAGGUUGACCUGUUCCAACACAACACUGGGAAGCCUACCUUCAAAACCAGCACGAUGUCGAGCCGCACGGCGCUGAAGAUGCAGCUGAUGCGGGAGCAGAUGCAGGAGCAGGAGCGGCGCGACCGGAUCGUUCAGGUUCAACAGUCGUCCGCCGUGAAGAUCAACUCAUCACAGGCCUCCGCCAUCAACGUUCCUCACUCCCUCCCCACCACCACAGAGGUUCCUGCGCAGAUUCUCAAGGUGGAGACGAAGCUGGCCCACCCCACCAGGUACCACAUCCAGCAGAACCAGCGGCGCCAGGUGCAGGAGUACCUACAGGAGACCAGCACCGCUCGGUCUGCACCCACCGGCGGCGGCAUGCCCAUCCAGGCAGCGUCACCCACCAUCACCGUCACCCAGACGACCACUAACUCUGUUCCGUCACCGACCAAACCUCCCGGAGACUUCCCGCCCGACAGUCCCAUGAGUCUGCUCAGCGGAUCCGGCGCUACGGGGUCAGAGAUGGACGAUGUUAUUGAUGACAUCAUCAGCCUGGAGUCCAGCUUCGACGACAGUUUCAACUUCCUGGACGCUCCCAUGCAGCAGAUCUCAUCCACGAUGCCGCUCACGUCCAGCCUGCUGGAUGGGUUCGGUACGGUGGGUUCCCUCACCCCGAUGGUCACCGCCAACACAUCGGCGUCCUGUCCCGCUGACCUCACCAACAUCAAGAAGGAGCCGGUACAGAUGAGCGAGAGUGAGCUGAAGGCUCUGGCAAAGGACAGACAGAAGAAGGACAACCAUAACAUGAAUGAGUGGGGCUAUUCUGAGAUGGUGGGGUGGAUAGGUGGGGUACCUGAACAGGCCAUGGCUCUGGCCAAGGACAGGCAGAAGAAAGACAACCACAACAUAAUUGAGAGACGGAGAAGAUUUAACAUCAAUGACCGAAUCAAGGAGCUGGGAACUCUGCUGCCAAAGACAGCAGACCCUGACAUGCGCUGGAAUAAGGGCACGAUCCUGAAGGCCUCUGUGGACUACAUCAGGCGGCUGAAGAAGGAACACGAGCGUAUGAGGCACAUGGAGGAGAGGCAGAAACAGAUGGAGCAGAUGAACAGGAAAAUGUUGCUCAGAAUACAGGAGUUGGAGAUGCACUGUCGUGCCCACAGCAUCCCGACGACGCCCCUCACCAACGACACCUCCACGUCACAAAUCACCGAACAGUUCAUGAGACACGAGGGCCUCCUGUUGGCUGAGGGGGGAGGUGCAGUCUCACCAUCCGAAGCCCCGGCUCCAGCCAUCACAAUCACGUUAGAGGACAUGAUGGACGAAGGCCCGGGCGGAGACCCCAUGUUGUCGGCCACAGUGUCUCCUGACGGCAGCCGACGCAGCAGCAUCAACAGUAUGGAAGACCAUCCUGAUCUCCUGCAGCUCCAAUGACAAUGAGCCAUCUAUCAAAUCAUACUGGAACUACAGGCUUAAAAAGGCAAACCACUAGGACUACUGAUAUUUUGUGACUACACUAGACAUUAGCAUUGAAUAAUACUACCAGGUGUACAAGAAUGACACUUCAUAGAAUCAUGCGAUAGAGGAAAAAGAUGGUGAUUUGGGAAAAUCAAGAAUGGACAACAACACAAUGGGCCACAAGCUGACUUUGAGUUGGUGAAUGACAGGACAUGCAACACUGUUGACAAACUUUCCAUCUCAAAACAGACAGCAGGUAUAACCCUGAGCAUUCUACAGGUGGCAGAUUGCACCACAUUUGUACUGGUUACCUGGGAACUUAGAAUGCUAGAGGUUAACAAAUGUUGUUGUAUAUAUAUGAUUGAAAGUGGAAGAUAACAGAUUGUGGCAGACAUGGCUAGAUGUCUGACUGAGUGAAGUGUUGGUAUUGAGGCGAUGAGAAUAUUGAAAUGUUUGAUGUGAUUAUAUGGAGUGGUGUGAUCCGACUCUUGAUGUAAAUACAGUGGGAGAUGCAUAUGAGCUACAGAGUAGUUCUGAUAUUACUAUAUAAAAUAUACAGCCAAUGUGUGUAACUAUGCUGUUGUUGAUGUGGAUGUAGAUUCUAGGGUAAUCUCUAGACUUUUGGUAUGAUUUCUAAAAUCUUUGAAACUAUUUCUAUUGUUAAAACAUGAAGAUAUUUUAGCCUAUUUGGGGUGAACAUGGGUAAUCUGUGGUGAAUGAUGAGAUCCUAAUAUCAUGUAAUUUUGGUCCUUUUAUGCAUUAUCCAGAAAUAUCAGCCUUCUUAUGUUACUCCACAUUGGGGUUGGUUGGCAGAAGUAAAGUGUUUCUUCUCAUAACACCAUGCAGUACUGGAUCUGUGCAGUACUAUCUAUGACACAUAUGCAUGUUUUGAAGAAGUGGAAAUGCCACAUGCACACAGUAUGUUGUUACAUUACAGUAACACUCACCAGUUGUCCAUCCCUGGGAUAAACUGGUAUUAGAUGAAACUUUGUACAACAUUAUUUAUGACCAGUCCACUCCAGUAAAGGGAGUAACUGUGAUCAUUUAAUGUGGAUAGUAGGCAAGUCCAACUUGCUGAUUGACAUGUACAAAACCCAUUGUUGUAUGUCAGAUGUGUCUGAGCAAUGCAAAGGGAAGUCUAAAAAGUAGUUGGUGUACAGAUCUGUGUUGUAUGAGAAUUAUGAAUACACAAGGUGAACUUGUUGCAUCCUUAAGAAAUCUUAAGAUAUGAGGUCUGCGAUGGAUGUACAUGUAACAGCCAUGGAAACCCUGCUUGUAAAUAGCAUUUACUGAAUAGGUGCUCGUCUUAGCAAGAAACUGUAGAAAGUCUAGAUGAACAAAAGCUAGUAGAACUUCCACGUAUAAAUAGGUGAUCCGUAGAGCAGUAUUUUUGUAGAAUUGUAUAUACAGUACUUGUCAAACAACUGGAAAAAAUCACUGUUAUUGGCAACUAACUAACUAACUUGAUAUUUGGUUUGAACAUGACUGGCCACAGAGGAAGGGAACUACUUGACAAGUCAGAUCACUGGUAUACUUAUACUGGUUUUACUUAAUGGCUUGAGAACUGUCAAGGAGUAUGAUCAUAAUUUACAGUUUUUAUAAGUAAUGUUCCAUUUCUGCUAUCUCUUAAUCAAAGACUGUCUCUGACAAGUUGAAUAUUCUGUUGGUCAAUACAGCAAACAUACAGUUUGUUACAUUAGUAUGUAUAACAUCCCUGCUCUGGUAAGGAAAUAAUUGUCAUAAGUUUAAAAUGUACAAAGUGAUGAACAUUCUUAAAUGUUGUAGUUCUAUUGAUUCAUGUUGUCAAGUGGAAAACUGUGAAAAAAAAUUUAGAAAAUUCUAAUUUCUUAGAUUAUUUGCAAUUUUAUAUGUUUCACUUUUUCAUGUAACACUCACUAAUUGCGUAAAUUUUUUACCUCACCAGCGUAACAAUUUAUUAACUUAAUUACUGUUGAUCAAACCAACUACAAAAAAUCUACCCUUAGUAAACCUUUCAUUUCCCUGGUUAUUUAGAAUUUUUGUUUGUUUCGGUUUCACAUUUUAGUAGUAAUUGAAUUGUGUAGCUUGCUGAUCUCACUGACAUGUAACCAACUUUUGUAGGUUCAGUACACUGCACUUGUCAUUACUUUGGAAACAUUUCACAGUUUCUGUGAGGAAGAGCACAAUAAAAGUGAACUAAGGUU